UUUGAGAGAGGGCAAAGGAGAGAUAAGGCAAGAAACAGAGGAGAGAGAGAGAGAGAGAGAGGUUAGGGUUUCUUGCCCAGCCAACCUCUCCUUCACACAACAAUUACAACAACAAGCUUUCAAGGCAGAAAAAAUGGCCAUUUUUCACACUCCUCAUCUCUUAGUUUUCACAUUUGGCAUUCUUGGUAACAUCGUUUCCUUCUUUGUCUACUUAGCUCCUUUACCGACAUUUUACCGAAUAUGGAAAAAGAAGUCCACGGAGGGCUUCCACGCCCUACCGUAUCUAGUGGCGCUCUUCAGCUCCGCCCUUUGGCUCUACUAUGCCUUCCUCAAAACCAACACUUUUCUUCUCAUCACCAUCAACUCCUUUGGCUGCAUCGUUGAGUUUGCCUAUUUCAUCGUUUUCAUCAUAUUCGCUGCCAACCCAGACAGGAUGUUGACUAUAAGAAUCUUUGCUGUGAUGAACAUGGGACUUUUUGGAUUGAUCCUUGUGGCCAUUCACUUCAUUUCCAAACCUUCAAAUCGUGUUGAUGUUAUGGGUUGGAUUUGUGUUGCUGUUUCUGUCUCUGUUUUUGCAGCUCCUUUAAGCAUUUUGAGACAAGUGAUGGCAACAAAGAGUGUUGAGUUUAUGCCAUUUACACUCUCAUUCUUCCUUACAUUGAGUGCCAUCAUGUGGUUUGCUUAUGGCCUUUUCUUGAACGACAUAUGCAUUGCUAUUCCAAAUGUGUUAGGGUUCAUAUUGGGAUUGCUUCAAAUGGUGGUAUAUGCAAUUUAUAGAAAGAGGAAGAUAAUGGAGGAGAAACUGCCAGAACAAGUAGUAGUAAAAAGCAUAGCAAUUUCUGAGGUUUAUGCUAUGAAGCCCAACGGAAAUGAUGCACAAAUUAAGGAAGUCAUAAUAAUAAAGAAGGAAACUGAAGAAGAAGAAAUCAACUGUGACAAAAGCAAUAAUAAUCAAUUUGUGUAUAUUUUCAUUUCUAUAUACAAUUGGGAGUGAACACAACAGCAACAAGAAGAAGAUGAUGAUUGAUACAUCAUCAUCAAUCACCCAAAAGAUGGCUUUUCUCUCUCCUUUCCUCCAACUUUUAUCUAUUACUAUUAUAAUUAAUUACAUCCUAUUGUUUUCUCACUU